AAUUCUCCUUGUCCAGAUUUGGAAGCGCCCUCGAGCUGCUGUAGCAGGGCUCACCGAGCUGCUUGAGAUUGCUGUAUGAUUAUCCUUGGUGGGUGCCGAAUUGAAGUUUUUCCCCUGAUCAAGUGGUGGUAUGGAUUCUGAUGAGGAGGACGUUCCAACUUUCAAGUACGACAUUGCUGCCGAGCCGCUUGGCAGCUGGGAUGCCAAGGAACUUCAUGAAGAAACCGUCACCGAGCGCGGCACUUUCCUUGGGCAAGUUGCCGCUAGAGUGCGUGCCAGACAAGCAGCCACUUCCACUAGCUCGCCUGGGAAGCUUGAAGAAACCUUGCCAGACGUUGAGCCAAGUGCUGUUAAUGAUGGUCUGCAAGCUGCGAGAGCUUCGGAGGGGGAGAUUGGGGAGUUUCUUUCCCUGGAAGAUUUCGAAGAGCCGGCCGAUGAGUUUAGGUAUGCCCUCGCUGACGAGGAUGAUGAGGACCACGAGGAGGGGUCCUCCGGGCAACAGGCUGGGAAGGCCGGAUACACGCCUCCGCCCUGGGCUCUGGCAAGUGUCAAGCGGGGCCUUGUUCGCAGCCCCCUGCUGAGAUUGCAUCAAGAGAUCAUUGACUUCUGCGACUUCCUCGCCGCUACCGAUGACGAGCGUGCCCUGCGCGAGGCCGCUGUUGAGCGCGUGAAGGAUGUGAUUUUGUCCAUAUGGCCGGACUGCACGCCCACCGUCUUUGGAUCAUAUGCCACCGGCCUCUUCUUGCCGACCAGCGACAUGGACAUGGUGGUACUCAACUCGGGCGUGGACAACGUUCCCAACGCUCUGCGAGCGCUCUCGCUGCAGCUGUCCAAAAGGAGGAUUGCGAAGCAGAUACAGGUAAUUGCCAAAGCCCGCGUUCCCAUCAUCAAGUUCGUGGAGGUGGAGAGCAAGAUCCAGUUUGACAUCAGCUUCGAUGUGGAGAAUGGCCCUGCCGCCGCCAAGUUCAUCCGCCAGUCCAUGAAGACGCUGCCGCCCCUGCGGCCCCUCUGCCUGGUGGUUAAGAUUUUUCUCCAGCAACGGGAGCUGAACGAGGUGUACACUGGCGGCAUCGGCUCGUACGCGCUUAUCGUGAUGCUGAUGGCGCAUCUGCAGCUCCACCCCAGCCGGCGCGGCUACGAGAGCGGCGGGCCCGCGCAGCCGCUUGAUUCUAACCUGGGCAUUCUGCUUAUUGAUUUCUUCGAGCUCUACGGCAAGAUGCUCAAUGUACGAGACGUGGGCGUGUCGUGCAAGGACGGGGGCGCAUUCUUCAACAAGCGCGAGGCGGGGACGUUCAAUCAUGACCGCCCGUUCCUGCUGUCGGUGCGCGACCCGCAGGACGAGAACAACGACAUUGGCAAAAACUCGUACAACGUGCAAAAGGUCCGUUCCGCCUUCAUGCACGCCCAUAACCUGCUGACCACCGAGGGCGAGGCGGGGCAGGGUCUUUUAGAACGCAUCGUUCGCAUGGACAAGAUCUUGCUCAAACGGAAAGUGGCGCCACCGAGCCCCGGGCACACACCCGAGGCUGGUGUCAGCACCCCACACGGGGCUUACGAGGCAGACCUUGACACCACAGAAGCAAAGCCGAGCCGGGGAAGCAAGAGGGAAAGGAGUGACGAAGGGGACCGGUGGGCCCCCAAGACGUCGCCGAACGGGAAGCUGGACUUGGGAGGUGGGAGGAAGAAGCAACGGGUGGAGGCGGAAGAGGAACCCGAAGCAGAGGACCCUGACGGAGAAGAGUCCCCCGAGGAAGGGCAGAUCGAGGUGGAGCCACGGAAGAAGAAGAAGAAGAUGCGUCCCGCCAAAGUGAAGCGGAUGCAGGCGCGGCAGGCGGCCAAGCAGGCGGAGAUUGACCUGGUCAACAGCGUGGCCAGCGAGCGGGGCCUCGCGAGCCCCCCUGGGAAAAGCCGACAGGAGGACGGCAGCCAAAGGAAAGUGCUGAACACGGGAAAGGGUCUUGUCGUAGUGGCCUCUCGGUGAGAGCAAGGCGCGCUGUGAGGUGUUCAUAUCUCACAGCGACUUGACAGAAAGCCACGCGUGUUCUGGGACCAUCUCUCUUCCUUGCCUAGGUGCAGAUGCCGCACUGCAGCGGCACGUCCGGCAUGCUUCGCCCUGUGGUCGCUUCAGAGGAGGAGGAAGUCGUAGGGGGAUGCAGGUUAUCAAAGUGAUAAGCCGCCCUCGCUGAAUCUGAAAUACAUUGUCGAGUGAACGGGAAUAAUCUUCGUUCAACAACUUUGUCAGUAUCUGCGCAGCCAUCGCAAUGCUCCCUAGGCGGCGUUUCAUGAUAAAGUAUAGAGAAUGCCGAAAUGUGAAAUCAAACGGCC